CAUCAGGUGACAGCCAGCCGGAGAAGCCGCCGCUGCUGCUCCCGGGAGGACCGGCCCGGGCUCGCGGCGGUGCGAGGCGGCGCUCCCGGGAAGGAAGGCGGCGCUCCCGGGAAGCAAGGCGGCGCUCCCGGCGCUCCCGGCGCGCCCGCGGCCGGAGCAGCGCGGGCAGCAUGGGGGUGCCGCCGCUGCUGCGCGCCGUCAUCAUGGGCCCGCCGGGCUCCGGGAAAGGCACCGUCUCCGCUCGGAUCAUCAAGCACUUCGGCGUGAAGCACCUCUCCAGCGGCGACCUGCUGAGGGACAACAUGCAGAGGAAGACAGAAGUGGGAAUCCUUGCCAAGUCCUACAUUGACCAAGGGCAGCUUAUUCCAGAUCACAUCAUGACACAACUAAUGCUGAAUGAGAUAAAAGGUCUAGACCAGUACAACUGGCUAUUGGAUGGUUUUCCCAGAACAGUUGCUCAGGCAGAAGCCCUCGAUAAAGAAUGUCACAUAGACACUGUAAUCAACCUAGACGUGCCAUUUGAGACCAUAAAGUGUCGGCUUACAGCACGCUGGAUCCACCCUGCCAGUGGCAGAGUCUACAAUCUUGAAUUCAGUCCUCCCAAAGUGCAGGGCAUUGAUGACAUCACUGGUGAGCCGCUUGUUCAGCGUGAUGAUGACAAGCCAGAGACUGUGAGCAAGAGGCUUCAGGCUUAUGAUGCACAAACAAAACCUGUUCUAGAAUAUUAUCGGAAAAAAGGGUUAUUGAAAUCCUUUUCUGGAACAGAAACGAAUAAGAUCUGGCCACAUAUCUAUGCUUUCCUUCAAACCAAGUUGCCAGAUGUGAGCCAGAAAGAUGCUGCCAACCCCAGGUGAAUAUAGAUCAAACUUCUGCUCAUCUGUCAUAGCUCACUCCUGAUUACAUAAGAUUCUGCAAUCAAGGAUUUGUCCAAGUAGUCUACCAGACUUAUCAAAUUAAGUCUAAUGCUUAAUUUUGUUGCCUGUGGUUACCACUUCAAUGCUGUAUUUUUUAUAUUAAAUAUACCUAAUUUUAAAAAUACAGUAACUGUCUUUAACAAAA